AUACAUUGUUGUCAUUUUGAUAUCAAUUUUUUGCAGCUUUGUCUUCUCUUUUUCCAUAGAGAAUCGUCACCAAAGAAAAGAUAAUGGGAUGACGAAGGCGACGAGAAGUCUCCCGGAAAAGAUACUCGUGGGAUAUGCCACGCGGUGCUCCGAACAGGUGCUCCAGGCCGUCCGAGAUGGUGUAAACGUAGUGAUCUGGUCCUUUGUUGAAAUGACCAUUGCUGCCGAAGACAACAAGGCAAAAUGCACGUCUACUUUUGACCUCUUCUGUGCGAAGCAAAUGAUUACUCAGUUGGAUGCCGAGGGAUACGACGAUACAGUCCAUCUUGUUUCCUUCGGAGGAUGGAAUGGGCCCCACCUUCCCGACGAGUUGAGUGUAGAAGAUAUGUACAACUCAUGGAAGGAACUCGUAGGGGGUACAUUCCAUGGCGUCGAUUGGGACUUGGAAGGCCACGAUACUCUUGACAAUCCCACAAAUGUAUUUUCGAUCGAAUGUCUCGAAAGUAUGGGUCGUUUUAGUAUGUUGGCAAAGAGGGAUGGAUUCAUCGUGGGAAUGGCUCCUCCGCAAAGCUAUCUGGAUAUCGAAGAAAGCAGAUUUUCGAGGUAUGUCAACUUUACGGAUCCGGAUCGCGGUUGGCACGGCGAAUUCCACUAUUUUGGGCACAACGUCUACGCGUAUUUACUUUCCAAGUACGGUGAUUACAUUGACUUUGUAUCGGUUCAAUUUUAUGAGAGCUACUCAAGAGCAGCUUUGGAAGUCUUUCAUAACCAUGUAGCCCCUGAGACUUAUCUUGAACGCUAUGUAGACGAUCUUGUUUCCAACAAAGAAGAAUCUUUCUUUGUUGACUUCAAUCAGGAUCCAUCUCUGGAGUAUCCUAGUCAAAUGGUCAAGCUUCCUCUUUCGAAGCUUGUGUUUGGUUUUCCAAAUGGCUGGGGCGCUUACGAUGACGCAAAGGACGACAACGAAAAACACUGUUAUUUUGAUCCCACAAGGAUCGGUAUUGCUUACAAUGCAUUGGUGGAUUCCAGACGAGCUCCUCGGGGUUUCAUGUUUUGGGUCAUGUGAGUUACUUCAGUGAUCCAUGCUGCUCGUACUUUGUUCUACAUCUGCUGACACUUUGUGUAAUUGACUGCUCAAGAGACGAAGAAGGGACAAAAGAUGUUUACUUUUCCAGGGCUCUGAACGACGUACUAAAAAUUCGAACCAAGAAGGAGAACCAAAAUGUGUUUGAGACUAAGAAGACAGAUUCAAUAGCUGUAAGUAAUGGCGUGCUCGUUGCUAUUAUCAUUUUUGAUGCCCAUUGAAAAUGAAGGUGGAGACAAAGU